AUGUUAAGAUUUAAAGUCGCACGAAGACUAAAACGAGUGCCACCGAAAUUUUCGAAUUUCUCAAAUAGUUUUUCAUCAACAAAUAAAGUUGAUAACAAAAGAGCGCAUUUGGUAGAGCAGCAAGCUCAAAUAUCACCACCGCCAUUAUCUGAUAUUCCAUCAUUUCAGCUACGGAACCAACAGUUUGUCACUGGAAACGGCGAUAUUCCCGGCAUAAUAAUACAGCAUCAGUGGACAACACCAAAAAACUUAUCUUAUAUUGAUAACAAUAGCAAAAACAAAAGUGUCAUGUCCGCAAAAGUAGAAACAACAAUACGACAAUGGUCGACACCAAUCGAAAAGGUCGUUGAGGGUCAACCACCAAGACCUGUGAGUCAUCGAUUUAAAUUAAUUUGCUUCUGUGACAAAUUAAAUUUAAUUUUUGGUUGA